CCAUGAAAAAAAUUAAAAAAGCGAGAAAAUGAGGAAGAGAGAGAGAGAACUCCGCCUGAGAGGAAGCCGCCAAACCCUACCGCUCGUAUAAAAGGCGGUCCUUCCCUCCCCCCAUUUCCUUCCAUUCCCCGGCCCCCUAACUCCCGUCGCCUUCUGGUAGGCUUUUGAUUUCCGUGGGAGGGGAGACAGAGAGAGAAGGGGUCGUCUAAUGGCGUUCUCGAUGCUCCUCCGAUCUGCGACGCCUUUGACCGGUGGAUGGCGCGACUGCUUCCCUUCCGAUUUCGACGCUCGGGCUCCUGAGUCGUUCAAGAUAUCUUGCAUGAGAAUUCCAAGUUCAGCACAGAUCCGUUCGAGUAUUUUUGGUUCCGUUCUUUCCUCGGUGGAAUCAUCCUCGUCACAGAAACCUAGUGCUCGGGGCAUUCAGCCAAUUAAAGCUACAGCUACUGAGGCCCCCCCUGUGGUUCCAAGAUCGUCAGCUGGUGCAAAAACAAAGGUUGGCAUAAAUGGCUUUGGGCGGAUUGGAAGGCUAGUCUUGCGCAUAGCAACUGCUAGAGAUGAUAUUGAAGUAGUAGCACUUAAUGAUCCUUUCAUUGAUGCCAAAUACAUGGCAUAUAUGUUUAAGUAUGACUCGACACAUGGUAUAUUCAAGGGAACCAUUAAGGUUGUGGAUGAGUCUACAUUAGAAAUCAAUGGGAAAAAAAUUGCAGUCACGAGCAAAAGAGAUCCAGCAGAGAUUCCGUGGGGUGAUUUUGGGGCAGAAUAUGUUGUUGAAUCUUCUGGUGUUUUUACGACAACAGAUAAGGCUUCAACUCACUUUAAGGGUGGUGCCAGAAAGGUGGUAAUAUCAGCUCCAUCUGCUGAUGCUCCUAUGUUCGUGGUUGGAGUAAAUGAGAAGGCAUAUAAACCAGACAUGAAUAUUGUUUCUAAUGCUAGCUGUACAACCAACUGUCUUGCUCCUCUAGCCAAGGUUGUCCAUGAAGAAUUUGGUAUUGUUGAAGGCCUUAUGACAACUGUCCAUGCGACAACAGCAACACAGAAGACUGUUGAUGGUCCAUCAAUGAAAGAUUGGCGAGGAGGGCGUGGAGCUGGUCAAAACAUCAUCCCCAGUUCAACAGGUGCAGCAAAGGCUGUUGGGAAAGUUCUUCCAGAGCUCAAUGGGAAACUUACUGGGAUGGCUUUCCGGGUUCCAACACCAAAUGUUUCAGUUGUGGACCUGACUUGUCGGCUUGAGAAAAGUGCUUCAUACGAUGAUGUCAAAGCUGCUAUUAAGUUUGCAUCAGAGGGCCCACUGAAAGGCAUACUUGGUUACACUGAUGAGGAUGUUGUUUCAAAUGAUUUUGUUGGUGACUCGAGGUCUAGCAUAUUUGAUGCAAAGGCUGGUAUUGGAUUAAGUGCUUCCUUUAUGAAGCUCGUCUCCUGGUAUGACAAUGAAUGGGGCUACAGCAACCGAGUGCUAGACUUGAUUGAGCACAUGGCCCUGGUCAGUGCCCGCUACUGAAAAAACUGCACUAUGGAACUUUGAGAGAUCCAGUGGUUUGCUCCUGUCGAUGCUUGGAGGAUCUUUUGAGUAGAUUUUUUGAGGCUUCAAUUUUGAUGGGGUUGGCUCGUUUUCUAUUCCAAUACUGGUAACGAUGUGUUGCACUCAGAGAUUUAAUUUGCACCGCUACCAGUUACAUGAAUUUUAAAAAAGAAAGUAGUUGUUUCAUCUCUUGUAGGAAGUAAUUGUCAAUGGAUGAUGAAAUUUAUUCCCUGAAAGUGUCUUGUGCAUGCUUUUAGAAAAUGUGGCUUAUGUCAGAAGUAUAUUCAUGCUUGUUGCAUCGAAAAGUUGCAAAUCUUGCGUAUUAAUGCAAGUAAGCUCUUUUAUUUUUCUUUUUCUGGUUUGUGCGUCUUCAUAGUGCUCCGACUCAUAAUUAUGAAUGCAAUGAGUAGUGUCUUUAAA